GCCAAACUCCUCCUUCUCUCAGAUCACUCGACGACGCCCUUAUCCUCUUUCCAACUCUGACGACCACCAGCCCGCCAUCGUAGACACCUAUGGCCAACAGCCAGAUUGAACGGGCGUACGCGCGGGUGCAGGAAAGAGGGCACGCCGCGGAGAUCGACUUCACCAUCCAGCAGCUAGACGAUGGGCAGACCGUCAGCACCCAGGAGCGGGUAAUCAAAGAUGUGCAAGCCCCGGCGAUGCAUGUGCCGACCGAACAGCAAUUCUUUUCGAAACAAGACCCCUCGAAGCCGGACAUUGCAUUCCUGAAGAACCACUUUUACCGCGAGGGCAGGCUGACCGAGGAGCAGGCGCUGUGGAUAUUGGAGAAGGGAACAGCAUUGCUGCGAGCCGAGCCAAACGUGCUGUCGGUGGACGCUCCGAUUACAGUCUGUGGCGAUAUUCACGGGCAAUAUUAUGACUUGAUGAAACUGUUCGAGGUUGGGGGCAACCCUGCUGAUACGCGAUACCUCUUCUUGGGAGACUAUGUCGAUAGAGGAUACUUCAGUAUCGAGUGUGUAUUAUAUCUCUGGUCGUUGAAGAUCUGGUAUCCCGACACCCUCUUCCUCCUCCGCGGCAAUCACGAGUGUCGACACUUGACCGACUACUUCACAUUCAAACUUGAAUGCAAACACAAGUACUCUGAAAAAAUCUACGACGCAUGCAUGGAGUCCUUCUGUGCAUUGCCUCUCGCGGCUAUCAUGAACAAACAAUUCCUGUGCAUACACGGCGGUCUUUCGCCCGAGCUUCAGACAAUAGAUGACCUUCGCAGCAUCGAUCGUUUCCGCGAACCUCCCACUCAUGGUCUUAUGUGCGAUAUUUUAUGGUCAGAUCCCGUUGAGGACUUUGGCCAGGAAAAGACUACGGACAGCUUCGUGCACAACCAUGUUCGAGGAUGCUCAUACUUCUUCACAUACCAGGCAGCAUGUCAAUUCCUGGAACGCAACAAUCUCCUAUCCAUCAUACGUGCUCAUGAGGCACAGGACGCUGGGUACCGUAUGUACCGUAAGACACGAACGACUGGUUUCCCCUCGGUCAUGACGAUCUUCUCUGCGCCCAACUACCUCGAUGUCUAUAACAACAAGGCUGCCGUACUAAAGUAUGAGAGCAACGUGAUGAACAUCCGGCAAUUCAACUGCACGCCACACCCUUACUGGCUGCCGAACUUUAUGGACGUGUUCACGUGGAGUCUACCCUUCGUGGGCGAGAAGAUCACGGACAUGUUAGUUGCUGUGCUCAACUGUUGCAGCAAGGAGGAGUUGGCAGAGGAAGGCGAAGAGGAGGCGCCGGUAUCGCCCCGCACGCCGCAGGACAUCGAGCGGAGAAAUGUCAUCAAGAACAAGAUUCGCGCUAUUGGCCGUAUGUCGCGGGUGUUUGCUCUGCUUCGGGAGGAGUCGGAGAAGGUAUCCGAGCUCAAAAGCGUCAGUGGUUCUGCGAAGUUGCCCUUCGGCGCCCUGGCCCUUGGGGCGGAGGGUAUCAAAGAAGCUAUCACAACUUUCGAGGAUGCUCGGAAGUCAGAUAUCGAGAACGAACGUCUUCCUCCCGAGCUAGUCUCUGUGGACUCGGAGGAAGGUCGGAACAUGAUCUCGCAGCCGACAACACCGUCCGACAGCGGCGUCGAGCCGCCGUCACCAGCAGCGCUCGCAGGCGGCCUGCAGGAGGCGCUCGCAAACGUCAGCACAACGACGCCUUCUGCCGCCGCGGGUCCCACGUCGCCUACGUCGCCCACGUCCUCGUCGGCGUCGACGCCCUACAGGCGGGGGCACGGGCGCCAGGCGAGUCUCGGGACGACGAUGACGAGCCCGAGUAACCGGCGGAGGAGCCUGGAGAGCACGAUGUCGCUGAUCAAGGAGGCGGUGGACGGGAAGGGCGGGCCGGAGCAGGCCGAUGUGGACGCGCUGGCGGAGAAGGUCACCGGGUCGGCGAGCAUUGCGAAUGGCAAUGCGAGCAACGGAACGAGUUGAAGCCUCUCCUGAUGGAUGGUUUCGUCUGGUGUUUGAUAGGCUUCUUCUACCCUUACUUGUUACUCCUUCUUUCAUCCCCCCGUCAUGCCCGUUCCGGGUUCAAUAUCUUUGGGACAUGGUUGACAGUAUAUCCGUCCUUCUUGGAGAGGCUAUUUGUUCGAUAGUUGAUUGGCAGUAUAUUAAUACAUACAAUGGAAUGUGUAUAUUCAUGAUGUUAUUAUACGACAUGAAACGGCUGAACCUGUAUACCGGCCUCGGUGCACUCCGGCAUCUGCGAGAUGACAGCCCCGACACUAAGCGACUCACCUUUCCGCAUUUCAGGCGUGAUGCACAUACCAGUGUGAGGAUGCUUCCAUAUCCUGCUUCCGAGCUUCAGUCACUGCUGUUCUGGCAGGACGCGUCCGAUGUGUCCCCUAGCAUGGUUGCGCUUCAAGUUAUGACAAGGUCAUAGCACGGAGUCCCUUC